UUUGUCAUUGGAACACUAGAACUACGAUGACCGAUCAACUAUUGUAAUCUGUGGUAGCGAUAAGUGUAAUCAAUAAAAGCGGGUAUUUUGAUUAACUAUUUUUCCGUCGGUACCUGUAAAUAAGUACCUAGUCUUACAAAUAUAAUCUUCACAAAUGAUGGAUCUACGUAAGUUAUAAUGUAUCCUGUGGACCUACGCUAAGUGAUGACUUAAAUAACUGAAAUUCAUAAUUAAUACUCAUAAUUCAAAAUCAAACAGUAGAAAAUGGAUUGCGUUACAAAAAGAUUUAAAAGCCACAAUUUAAAUGUUUUGAAGACUGUCGGGAAAGGAACUUAUGGAAAUGUAUAUUUAUGUGAAAAACGCGAUACUGCUGAAUUAACAAUAGUGAAAGACAUUGAAUUAAACAUCAAACUUCAGGAUCAUAAACAAGACAUAGCAAAUGAAAUAAAGAUUUUAUCUUCGUUGAGUCACUCGAACAUUAUCAAGUUUUACGAUUGUUAUUACAAUGGCAAUCAUGCAAUGAUAUCCAUGGAAUACGCCACUAGCGGGAAUCUGUCGGAAUACAUGUAUCAUAGAUAUCCAAAUCUAUUGCAACAACAGGAAAUACUUUUCUAUUUCUGCCAAAUUUUGUUGGGAGUAAACUACAUCCACAGUCAGAAGAUAAUUCACAGAGAUUUAAAAGCAGACAAUAUCCUAUUGACUGGUAAAAAUGGUGUUUUGGUAAAGAUAGGCGAUUUUGGCAUUUCCAAAAUGUUAGCAAGUGCCAAGAAGACAUCAACUGUAAUAGGAACUCCUUAUUAUCUGGCUCCAGAAUUAUGUGAAGGCAAACCUUAUUGUAACAAAAGCGAUGUUUGGGCUUUAGGGUGCUUGCUUUAUGAAAUGUGCACUCACAAGAGGGCUUUUGACGCUGAGACACUAGUGGGACUAGUAAAAGCAAUCACAAGUGGAAAUGUUCACCCAAUUGACUUGACAAUAUAUGACAGAGGCAUGCAGGACCUUGUCGACUCAAUGCUGUCAGUCUUACCAGACAAAAGACCUUCUAUCAAAGAACUAAUGGGACGAAUGGUAUUACUACCUGAUAUUUACACUGUUUAUUUAGAUGCUGGCAAUGAUGAACUAUUAUUUUUAAAAGCAAGACAUUUUAUGGAAAUAUAAUUAAGAUGAUUGUAAUAUAAUGAAACAAAAACUAAAUAUGGAAUCUUUGUUUUAUUUGAAAUAAGGAAAAAAAAAACAGUUGUAGUAUGGAGUUCUUUUCAGGUAACAUCGGAAAGAUGAAAUUGCCAUCUCAACAUUUUGUACCUUGAACCUUCAAACUUCAAAUCAAACUUAGUUUGGUUUGAUUGCUUGUAUAGUAUCUGUUCUUUUGUUUAGUAACCCUGGUUUUUGUGUAGUAUCCAUCUUAAUAGCUAAAUAUAAUUAAACGAUAGUGUAGAAUGAACACUGUUCUUAUCACCUUAACAUAAUCAUAAAUCACACUUCUAUGAUUAAUUAAAAAAAAAA